AUGAAAAAAGUAGAUGACAAAGAAUUUGAGAGAGGGAGGAAGGGUGAGAGACAAGAGAGGGUGAGAGGUAAGGGAGGAGAGGGAAAAGUAGAAGGGAGAGAAGGUGCGAGAGGGAGGGAGCGAAAGAGUGAGAGAGGGAUAGAAUGGCUGCUCAUAGCCAUUGAAAACAAGUUCCCCGGCGUCCAAGUUCAAGAG